CCCUUCCAGCUUCAAGAAUAGAAUUAUGUUGGAUGGUUUCAGCAGGACAGAGAAAAUCCUGUGGAGUAUGUUUGUACCCUGCCCAAGGCCACGAAGGUGAAAGUUAGGGAAGGGCUUCACAGACUCUCCAGGGAGCCUGUUAAUUGAACCAACAGAUUUAAAUCCUAGCUUUGCAUCCCCGCCACAAGCGGUAUCUGGGAAUUGCCAGACAGGUGCUUUACCACUGAGCUAAAUCCCAGGUCCCCAGCUUUGCAUUUUAAUAAAUGCAGGCCAUAAGACCAUGCCCUUCGCCAGUCUGAGCCUCAGUUUCCUUGUCUGGAAGAUGAUGAAAAGGUUAUUUACCAUCCCUUUCCUGCAGGACUGUGGAAAGGCUGAGACAGCAGCCUCCUGGCACCAGGCCAGUCCUGAGCCCACUGACCACUGCCUUUUAUAGGGAAGGAGACUCGGGCACAGGGAACUGGGCCACUCAUUGGGACUGUAUGGCUAGAAAGUGGCAGGAAUGGGACUUCCACCUGGCCUGAUCCAAAGCAGAGGUUUGCUUUCUGCAGCCAUCUGGAGUGGAGCUCCUAAGCUGUGUCCUUUGGGGUGCUGGGCCCGCGGGGGGCACAGGUGGCAAGGUGGGAAGAAGUGCUGGCUUCUCCCUGUGUUCAUGUAUAGGUUCUGCGGGCCCAGCUAGGGCGGCUGGGCGGUAGCAGCGCUCGGUUAGGACAAAGUCCCCAAAGCCUCGGGUCAGCAGGGAUGACAGCGGGGGAGAGCUUGGGUUUCCUCACACUGGCUGCCCGUGCUGUUAGGAGGGAAGUUUGUUUGAAGAAAGACAGACAGGAGUCGUCAGACAGUUCUCUGUUUUGCAGUUCCCUAUGAAAUCAGAUGGCAGUGCUGGCCCUGGUUACCUGUGGACCCCAGCGUACUUGCUGGAUGGAGUAUUAUCCCAGGGCUGGCCCAGCCCCUACCCCUGUCCGGGGGAAAAAAAAAAAUUGACAGUUUGUAUCCAGAAUCUUGAAACUUCACAGGAAAGCCUUAUUAUCUAACAAAUAGGAAAAGAAAAAGUCCAUAAAAACAAAAAUAUGAGGCAGGAGGAUCACAAGUUCGAGCCCAGCCUGUGACUUAGCAACUUAGCAGAUUUGGUCUCAAAAUAACUGAGGGCUGAGGGUGCAGCUCAGUGGCAGGGGGCUUGUGUGAGAGCCUGGGUUCAAACCCCAGAAUCGCAAACAGCAACAACAAAAUUUAUGCACUCGAUUUCUGAGCAUGUUGGAUGUUAGAUGCUGUUUGUUGUAGAUGCACUGUUAUUUUAUGUAUUAUGAAGUACUUUGGUGGGAUAAAAUGAUAUACACCAAAAUAAACCCAUUGAAGGGCUUUUCAGAGAUGUGAGAAAAUGUGGUUUUAGAAUUGGUGUAAAAGAUACUGAAUGUGAGAAGCAGUCAGGCUGUAACAAUAAGACCAUUCGGCCCCUUAGAAAGUGUGUUGGUCACGAAGAGGCGUAAGUGUGGGUCCUGUGGCUGUGGGAGACAGAUACUGUGUUGCCUGUGGUCUUUGAUUGUGAUCAUAAAAGCUAGGGAUUUGAUAGAGGCUGGAGAAGCUGGGUGUGUCGGGGUCACUGUGAAUGUGUCCCCUUUCUUUUGCUCACAUUUCACACUAGCAUAACAAUGAAAGAAAUAAAUGGAGGUCUGUUCCGUGGGGUGCAUGGUAAGGGGGUGGGCCCAAGGAAUCUGCAGGCAGCCCACUUGGGCAGGGGAAUCCAGGGGACCUCGUUUAGGCCUGGACCAGGGCUCAGAAACUGCAGGGGAAGUGGUACCCGGAAUACAGAACCCCCUGAGUACAUACCUUGGGGAACCCGCGAGGGGCAGGAGGUUACCUGUCACCACAGAGGUGGUGGCAUUGCUGGGGACCUGGGAAGAUGGGGGUCAAAUGGACUCUUCCUGGUCAGAGAACAUGUUCUUUUUCAUACUUGGCCUUUGUCGGGUUCAUUGUGGUUUGCAAAGCUUGUUUUCAUGGGUUUGCUUCAGAGCGCUCCCACUUUCUGGGACAGCAGAGCUGUGCUGUAGGAGAAAAGGAGAGGGCGGUUGGUAGCUUUGCAAUAGCCAGUUCAUGGAGAUAGACUUAGCUAGCUGCAGAAGCCUGCCCUCCGCCAGGUCCGUCUCUGAGCUUCAGUUUCCCUGUUCUGCAUAACAGGAACACCAGCACCAGGGAUUAACGAUGACCCUACACUCAAAGUCCUUAGUGGGGUGCUUGAUGACAGCCACCACUGCAGCCAUAAAGGAGGUCUGGUGCAUAGAGAAAGACACAGGGUUGUCUUUGGUAUGCCGCCAUGGUCUCCAGCACGAGAAUAUACGGGCUUUGCAGCCCAUCAGGUGAGCUGGUUCUUAGGAGCCUGGAGCUGGGUGUGCGGAGACAGCUGUAACUUUGUGCCUUCCACCUGGUGGUUCCCACGUAGCACGCCACACUCGCCACACCGCUGCCAGUUAGAUCAGGGUCUCUGAGUCCAGGAUGGGGCUUCAAAACACUCUAGGUGUGGGCCUGGGGAUUUAGCUCAGCGGCAUAAGCGCCUGCCUUGCAAGCGCGUGGUUGUGAGUUUGAUCCCCGGUACCGGUAAAAAAAAAAAAACCCUCUAGGUGAUUCUAUCAUGCAACUGGGGCUUGGGAGCUGCUUCCCCAGCUACCGAGGUGCGAGGCUGGGUGUAUUCACAAGGGGCUCGAAAGGAAGAGGGGAGCCAGGUUGGAGCCCUGGCUCUGCUUUCCUUAGGCUGCACGACCUGGAGUUCAUUCAUCACUUGCCUUUCUGUUUCUACGCUGGUAAGUGGAGAGGGGUUGGCAGGCACCAUGCAGGGCGGUUGCACUGUGUACGGGGGCUCUGCGAGCUCCUAAGACUGCAGCCACUGCUUUCCACCCUUGCAAACCCAGCUCUGGAGUUAAGGUGCCAGGUUGGCAGCUGCUGCGUGGAGUAGGAGGCUGAGGAGCCCAGUUCUGGGGGGACUGGGCCAGCGGGCAGGCUCCUCGGCCCACAGCACCCCUCCUGCCAGAGGCACUCAGCCGGCUCGGGGCUUGUUUUCAUGAACCCCAAACUUCCUCUCCACCCUAGAGAAGGAACAAUUUCUACAUUUAUUUAAAGACUUCCCUGAUCUUAAAAAUAGACAUUCCUCAGAACACACAGCCCCUGGGGGGGGGGCCCUGGCAGGUGGCUCCUGGGUCCCGAGAGUGGAGCUCAGCUGAGGGGCUCAUUCUGCCCCCAGCAUAUGCCAUGGGAGCUGCUGGUCUGCUAGGCACAAGGGUCACGGUGCGAGCAGGGCCUGCCAGCCCUGGGGUGCUCAGUGGUGACACAACUUCCCAGGAGCGUAGGGGCCGUGAGCGUGCAACAGGAGGCCUGGCCAGCCCCUCUGAGCUGGGAUGAAGGAAGCAAGGAAGAUUGAUGGCAAGGUGAAAGCACAUCACUGUUCCAGGCAGAAGAACCUGCAUGUGCAAAGACCCUGUGGCUAGAGAAGCCUGGUGGCCAUGAAGCCCAAAUGACUGGAGACAGCAUGGCCAGAGUGAGGACAUGUGGAAAAUGAGGUCAGAUCAGCAGAGCCCCAGUGGGGAGAACAGAUGUAGCCCUGGAAGGCAUCUGGUUCUUGGUUGUUUAAAGAACAAUGAGAAACCAGAAAGAUUUUAAAUACAGGAAUAUGUCAGGGUGUCCAAGCCCAGAAGUUCGGCUUUAGUAGGAGGCUCCUGGGGCACCCCCAUAUAUAUGUACUCACAGUGGGGUGAGCAUUAUUGCGGCUGAAGGAUACUGAUUCAGUUUAGCAAAAGGGAAGAGGCAUUCAGGUGAAGACUGUGGGAAAUGGGCACAAGCUUCCGGAGUCCUCUCCAGGGGUCUGCUCGGUCCCUCCUGCAUCGAGCAGUGAUGUGUGAGGUGUUGGUGACCUGAGAGGUCCCUGGGGGCUCAUCACCCUCAGGUUUUAUUGGGGGCUGUCACACAGGCUGACUCUCCAAAGGGAGGCAGGAGUCCAGCAUAAACAGUGCCAUUUAUACCAAGGGUCUGGGUGGGGAAGGGUCCUUCCGAGGGACUGCUGUCUAUGCCAGUGCCCACAGGUCACCGGGCUCCUGCAUGGCCACGCAGGGCUCCGCAGUGUGACCCUGCAUGGUGUGACAGACUUGGAGGUUACUUCUGAUUUGGGGCUAAUGGAGCAAGAUCCAGCAAGUAGAUACAUUCAUGUGUGACGCUCUUGUCAGGUUGAAUGAUAAGGACUUUUUUUUAAAAAUAAAGACGUUUUAGAUUUUGGUAAAGCUAUCUUUACUCCUACACCUGGCGUGUCACACACACUCAGAUUUUUUUUCAGCUGGGUGUGGUGGCACACGCCUAUAUUGUACUCAGCAUUCAGAAGGCUGAGGCAGAAGGACCACCAACCUGGGCUGUGUAGUAAAUUCAAAGCCAGCCUGAACUACAUAGGGAGUUCUUGUCUCAAAAAGCAAACAAAAAAAAAAUUUUUUUUUAAAGCCAGUCAAAUUUAGCAGUGGAGGGGGAUGGUAUACCAACUUUAGUGACACUAAUGUUAAUAAGUUCUGAUAACCCACUGCCAUUGGACCAGCCAAAAAAAAAUUUUCAAGCCACAAAAGAACCCAUGUAUUGUAGUAUGCAUUUAGAGUCCCAGCUUCUAGGGAGGCUGAGGCAGGAAGAUUACGAUCACAUGAGUGCAGGAUUUCAGGGCCAGCCUGGGCAAUAUAUCUGUCUGUCUGUCUGUCUGUCUCUCUCUCUUUUUAAAUAUAUCUGUCUCUUAAAAAAAUACACACACACACACAGAGUGUGUCACCUGCCUCCUAGUCCUCCCUAGAGGGGAUACUGUGUUACCCUGUCUCCUCCCUUACCUGCCCACCUGCUCCUGGUUUGUGACUUGGUGUGACUUCAGGCCAGCGUCCUCCCGUGCCCCCGUUUCCCCUCCUGUGGAAUGCAGAGCUUGCUCCUCCCUGUCCUGCCCACUCCUGGGGAUGGCGGCAGCCCAGGUGUGAGCAGGGCAGCAGCAGCUGCCCACCUGAGGUGUGCGGUCUCUGGUCCAGGGUCUGGGUGGGCUGUGCAGCCCUGGAGGCCGGAGGGAGGGAGACAGCUCGAGGCCAGACGUGGAAGCCGCCCUGGAGCCUGACUCGGGCAGCUGCACCCUGUGUGUCCACGUCCCAGGGCCAGUCCUGGCUCUUCACAGUCCAGCAGUGCUGGCUCCAGAGUCCCUUCCCUUUAUUGAGCCCCAACAUGAGCUGGCCCUAGCCCCAGCUCAGCCCGAAGUUGGGAGGUGAACUGACAUUCUGUGGGAAGAAGACAAGCAGUGUGCUGGUGACACAGUAAAUGACACAAUCGUAGGAGAAGCCAUCGGUCUUGGUAGCUUCUGCUGCUCUUCUGUCUUGCGGGAGUUUUGGGUGAGCAUAGUAGUUAAUAAGCAAAUUGAGUCCCCCCCAAAUAGCUCUGGAAGAGAACAGGGAAAUGGGGAAAGGAGAGGCUCUGGGCCCUGGGAAUUGGCAGUUGGCUGGAUUUCUUAAAAAGCCUUUAUCUGUGAUCGUUGGCCAUGGGGACUCCCCCCGCCCCCUCCACAGAUGGCCACUGCAGAAAUAGGCAUUCGGGAGAAUCCCCCUCCCCACCCCUCGGCCUGCGGUGCUCUCAUCAGCACCCAGGAGUAAUUUGUGUAACACCUGUCACGUGUCGAUCCAUUUGCUUUGAAGGGGGCAACGGUGAUUCUGGUAAUUUGUUUAUUAAAUACUUAACUGGGCCUCUCGCGGGGCUGAGGGAGGAAGGUCUCUGUCACCCCCACCCUCCUCCUCAGCCCGGCACAGACAGGGACACGAUGGAGGUGUAAUGGCACCGUGUGCGUGUGGAGGGAGACCCAGCUGGGGCCAGGCCGUCACCCGCAGGGCCAGGGUGGCCCGGGGAGAGAGGAUGAGCCAGUUCCUGCGGCACUUCACCGUGGUCGGGGACGACUACCAGUCCUGGAACAUCAACUACAAGAAGUGGGAGAACGAGGAGGACGACGACGACGAGGGGGAGCAGGAGCAGCCGCAGCCCGCGCCGGCCCCGGGCCAGGAGGGCAGGGAGGGCAGGGACGCCGAGGCUGCCUCCGUCCCCCCGCCCAGGCCGCCCCCGGACUUCAGGGCCAAGCUGAGGAAGCUCUUCAGCUCCCACCGCUUCCAGGUCAUCAUCAUCUGCCUGGUGGUUCUGGAUGCCCUGCUGGUGCUGGCCGAGCUUAUCCUGGACCUGAAGAUUAUCAAGCCGGACAAGUAUGCGGCCAAGGUGUUCCACUGGAUGAGCAUCGCCAUCUUGGCCUUCUUUAUGAUAGAGAUUUCCUUUAAGAUAUUCGUCUUCCGCCUGGAGUUCUUUCACCACAAGUUUGAGAUCCUGGACACGGUGGUCGUGGUGAUCUCCUUCAUCCUCGACAUUGUCCUCCUGUUCCAGGAGCACCAGUUUGAGGCUCUCGGCCUGUUGAUUCUGCUCCGGCUAUGGCGGGUGGCCCGGAUCAUCAAUGGAAUGUACUGAACAUCUUUGCCUUCCCCCAAGUGGUGACAGGAGAAACCAGCAUUUCUGAUGCCCCAAAUAACUUUCCAGGGAUAAUCAUCUCGGUGAAGACCCGCUCAGAGCGGCAACUCCUGAGGUUAAAGCAGAUGAACAUUCAGUUAGCCACCAAGAUCCAACACCUUGAGUUCAGCUGCA